GGGAGUGUAGUGUAGUAGUAUACUGUACUUUACUGUAGUGUAGUAUAUCGUCAGUCUGAGUGUGCGGCGGGCUCUAGGACCCUGCGCGCCUCUCUCGCCGGACUCUCUCCGCGGGCUGGAGUCUCUCUCUGUGGGGAGUGCAGUGGAGGAGAGGCGAGGACACGCUCGUGCUCAUCAAAACACUUUUACCUGUUUUCUGCGGGAUUAAAGUAGCACCCGAGGCAGCGAGCUCCUCCACAGCAAUGCGCCGGAGCCCUCAGUGAAACCCAUCUCGGCGACCCGUGUGAAGAGGCUUUACGCUGGCCGGAUCGAAGCACUUGGUGGAUCUGGAUAGACUGACGGCCGGAGAGCAUGAUGACAGACGUGGUGAUCGUGAAGGAGGGAUGGCUCCACAAGCGAGGAGAGUACAUAAAGACCUGGAGGCCGCGUUAUUUCUUGCUGAAGAGUGACGGUACGUUUAUCGGCUAUAAGGAGCGACCGCAGGACGUGGAUCAGCUGGAGACGCCGUUAAACAACUUCUCCGUGGCACAGUGUCAGCUGAUGAAGACGGAGCGACCCAAACCAAACACAUUCAUCAUACGCUGCCUGCAGUGGACCACUGUCAUAGAGCGCACCUUCCACGUGGAGAGCCCCGAGGAGCGAGAUGAAUGGACCAAAGCCAUCCAGACGGUGUCCGACAGUCUUCAGAAACAAGAGGAGGAGCUGAUGGAGGCGUCUCCUAACCACAUGGACAUGGAGAUGUUCCUGACCAAACCUCGGCUCAAAGUGACUAUGCACGACUUCGAAUACCUCAAACUUCUGGGAAAAGGCACUUUUGGGAAGGUGAUUCUGGUGAAGGAGAAAGCAACGGGAAAAUAUUACGCCAUGAAAAUCCUCAAGAAAGAAGUGAUUGUAGCCAAAGAUGAAGUGGCUCACACACUCGCAGAGAACCGUGUGCUGCAGAACUCCAAACACCCCUUCCUCACGGCUCUGAAGUACUCUUUCCAAACCCACGACCGCUUGUGUUUCGUCAUGGAGUACGCCAACGGAGGAGAGCUCUUCUUCCACUUGUCACGAGAUCGGGUUUUCUCGGAGGAUCGCGCGCGCUUCUACGGAGCAGAGAUCGUGUGUGCGCUCGAUUACCUGCAUUCAGAGAGAAACGUUGUCUACAGAGACCUGAAGCUGGAGAACCUGAUGCUGGAUAAAGAUGGUCACGUAAAGAUCACUGACUUCGGCUUGUGUAAGGAGGGAAUCACAGACGGAGCCACGAUGAAGACCUUCUGUGGAACUCCGGAGUAUCUGGCUCCUGAGGUGCUGGAGGACAAUGAUUACGGUCGUGCGGUGGACUGGUGGGGUUUAGGAGUGGUGAUGUAUGAGAUGAUGUGCGGUCGUCUGCCGUUCUAUAACCAGGAUCACGAGCGUCUGUUUGAGCUCAUCCUGAUGGAGGACAUCCGCUUCCCCCGAACCCUCGCACCCGACGCCAAAUCCCUGCUGUCCGGCCUGCUCAAGAAAGACCCCAAACAACGGUUAGGGGGCGGCACGGAUGAUGCCAAAGAAAUCAUGCAGCACAAGUUCUUCACUGGAAUCGAGUGGCAAGACGUUUACCAGAAGAAGCUGGUUCCUCCGUUCAAACCGCAGGUGACUUCAGAGACAGACACCAGAUAUUUCGACGAGGAGUUCACAGGACAGACCAUCACCAUCACGCCGCCGGGACAAGAUGACAGUAUGGAGUCGUUCGACAGCGAGAGGAGGCCACACUUCCCACAGUUCUCCUACUCGGCCAGCGGGACGGCGUAAACGCACACAACCGCUCUGAGACCCAGCACUGCACCGGUUUACCACGUUUACCACGUUUACCGCGUCUGGAUCUGUGAUGUUCGUCCGUUUCUUCUGUGGCCUUUGAGUUCAUGAUGUUUUCUGAGGAUGUGAGAGGGAACACUAACAUUUCCGCUCGAGCUGAUGGUGUAGCACUUCUUUAAUCCGGAAACUAACGGCAUGCCAAAUAUUCCUGUGUUUACAUAAAAAACAACAAUUUUAUGAAGUGACCAAUGGAGAGUGUCAGCUUUUGUACGAAUAUCCAGAAUGUAACUCUGCUACAUUUUUAUCAAUUGUCCCCCGAAGUAUUUUCAGACUAAAUUUGCAUCGAAUGUGCAAUAUAGUAGAAAUGUAGAUAAAUUAUUUUUUGCAAUUUUUCAAAUGAUCGAAUUCCAUUUAACGCACCAAAUUAACUUAUUAACCCCCAGUGAUGUAGGAAGGGAGGCGAAGCAGUCUGGAACAUUUCUGAAUCAUAUUUCAAUCAAAAAGAAAACUGAGCAAUUGUAUUUAAGAAAAUAAAGCCUGUUUUUAGGACCAAAAUAUAAAGAGAAUCAAAUGAGAAUAAAAAAUCUAAUGUAUGCAUGAGAAUUUAGAGUUUAAAUGUGUCUCUAAUCCUAAUUCAUGACAUGAUGCAAUUUUUAUAAAAUUGAGUUAUUGUUUCUAUUAGUGAAAACAAUGGCUUUUUUAAUUUGUUUUGCAUGUUACCUUUCUGUUUUUGGCAUUUAAUACAUUUAAAUAUGGCAUCAAAAUAUGGAAGCAUGUUUCUGCCAUAAUAAUAAUAAAAAAAAUUAAAUUGCACAUUUUUAUCUAAUUUAUAUUUACAUCUUAAUUCUGACGCUGUUUCUCACAAUUCAGAUUUUUAUUCUCAUAAGAAAAAAUGUCAGAAUUGUAUGAUAAAAUAUAACAGUUACAUUUUUAUUCUGUAUAUUCCGUCGCUCAAACCUAAAAAAAAAAAAAAAAAAGCAAAAAAAAAUUAAAGGCAGUUUUUUAAUGUAACCCCAGUAAAAAAAAUUGUUAUGAGAAUAAAGAUCUGAAUUGUGAGAAAAAGCCACAGUUAGCUUUCUUAAUCCACAGUGAAACUAGCUUCCAUAUAAAAGCUGUUAAACCAUCAUCACACGUUUUAAAGUAAAUAUAAUGGAGGA